UGCCCGCCCUGAGCCCAGCCUGUUCACUCCGUCCUCCCUCUGCUUUCCCACUGCCCCAGGCACUAUUUGUUUUCUCUCUUUCUCUUUCUCGCUCUGCAAGCGCGGAGCAGGGUGGGGGGUGGGGGAGGAGGAGGAGGAGGAGGAGGAGGAGGAGGAAUCCUUUCCCCGCCUAACAUUUCAAGUGACACAAUUCACUCCAAGUCUCUUCCCUUUUCAAGCCGCUCCCGAAGUGCUCCCUGUGACCGCAACUCCUGAUCUCCCCCAAAAUCGAGAGCCCCCCUUCAAUUCCCAACCGUCUAUUUCUUCUCCUUCUCUUCCCUCCGCCUCCCGCUUACCUCCACCUCCACCACCUCCACCUCCAGCACCCACCCACCGCCGCCGCCGCCGCCGCCACCAGCAGCGCCUCCUCCUCCUCCUCCUCUCCUCUUCUCUUUUUGGCAGCCGCUGGACGUCCGGUGUUGAUGGUGGCAGCGGCGGCAGCCUAAGCAGCAGCAGCAGCAGCAGCAGCAGCAGUCCUCGCACACGCCGGCUCCCACUCACCCGGCCUCUGCCUCCAGCCCGUCUUCCCCCCCCCCCCCCGGUGAAAGGUGCCGGCGGCCCCUGGGCAGCGGCGGCAGCAGGAGCGGCGGCGGGAGGCAGCAUGAGCGCACGCGGGGAAGGCGCAGGGCAGCCGUCCACCUCAGCCCAGGGACAACCUGCCGCCCCGGCGCCUCAGAAGAGAGGACGCGGCCGACCCAGGAAGCAGCAGCAAGAGCCAACUGGUGAACCCUCGCCUAAGAGACCCAGAGGAAGACCCAAAGGCAGCAAAAACAAGAGUCCAUCCAAAGCAGCUCAAAAGAAAGCAGAAGCCACUGGAGAAAAACGGCCAAGAGGCAGACCUAGGAAAUGGCCACAACAAGUGGUUCAGAAGAAGCCUGCUCAGGAGGAAACUGAAGAGACAUCCUCACAAGAGUCUGCAGAAGAGGAUUAGAGGGCGCCAACAUUCAAUUUCUACCUCAGCAGCAGUUGGAUCUUUUGAAGGGAGAAGACACUGCAGUGACCACUUACUCUCUAUUGCCAUGGUCUUUCCACUUUCCUCUGGGGUGGGGUGGGGCAGGGUGGGGGGAGGGAUGGGUAUGGGGGAGAAGUCACAUAACCUUAAAAAGGACUAUAUUAAUCACCUUUGUAAUCCCUUCACAGUCCCAGGUUUAGUGAAGAAAAAAAAAAAAAAACUGCUGUAAACACAGGGGACACAGUUUAACAAUGCAACUUUUAAUUACUGUUUUCCUUUUUUUCUUAACCUACUAAUCAUUUAUUUGAUCCUGAUAAGAAAGAGCGGGUAGGGCCAGAGAAACUCGAGUCGGGUUUAGUCAAUCACUGCACUGCAUACAAACAAGAAACCUGUCAGCGUCUGUGACUCUGGGCAUUCAUAUUAGGAAAGGACAGUGUCCAACGCCCUGUGCGCCUCACACCACCCGGCCCGCUCGCUGUAGUGAAGCCUCUGUUUAGAACACCAAAGAUAGGACUAGAUACUAUUCCUCUCCUUUUCGUAUAAUCUUGUAGACCCUUACUUGAUUUUUUUUUUAACUCUUAUUUCUAAACGAGACGAAAUGCUGAUGUAUCCUUUCAUUGGGUUCACAAACCAGAAAAGGUUAUGCUCACUUUUCAAAAAAAGGGAAGUUCGCACAAAAUGUGGCCAAGUCUGUAUUUAUGGGGCUCACACCUAUCAGUGGGAGUAAUAAAUUUACUCAUAGGACUAGUUUUCAGGAAAUCUGCUUCCUACAGAACCAGAUGUCACUUAGCAAUAAACCACACUUGUCAGCCUCAAAGCUGUUAAGGAACCUAGUCAGUAAAGUUACCCUCACUGUAAUUUAAUGAAAAGGUACAGCAGAAUAAUGCAUGGUGAAUUCACCUCAAAUGUAAGGUGGGAGGAGCGAGAUCUAAAUCUCUUUUGCUAUAGUUAUAUUACACUUUUUUUUUUGAAAGGCAGUAUCUCUCCUUUCUUCCUCUCUCUCUCUCUCUCUCUCUCUCUCUCUCUCUCUCUCUCUCAAUUCUAUUUUUGUCAUUAUAUACCAGUUUCCGUGAAAGACCUAAAUACCACUUACCUCAACUUAGGCUUAUGUGUUACUUUCAAGUAACACGUUUUGACAUAGGAUGGUUAGCUGAGGCAAAGUAAAAUCUUGGGCUUCAGUUCAUCAUCUCUUCAUUCAAACUGCACUUUUUAGCCAGAGAUGCAAUAUAUCCCCACUACUCAAUACUACCUCUGAAUGUUACAAUUAAUUUACAGUUUAGUACUUAUUACAUGCUGCUAUACACAAGCAAUGCAAGAGAAAAACGUACUGGGUAGGUGAUUUCAAUCAUCUGCGGUUCUUUUUGUACACUUAAUUGCAGUUAAAGAAGCAGUCUCCUUACUAUGUUUCAGCAUGGCUAUGUAUUUUUCUAUGUUUUUUUUUUUUAAUUAAAAUUUUACAAAUACUUGUUUCAGUUUCUCUGCUAGAUUUCUAUAUUAACUUGAAUUUUUUUUUUCAACCAAGUCGCUCCUGGGUUCUUAAGGAUAAUUUUCCUCAGUCACACUACACAUCACAAAAUGUUGGACUGUAAGGCGUAAAUAAUGCUUUCCAAGUCUGUGCCUCAAAUGAAUUAAGGAAAUGGACUAAUUGACUUGCAAAGACCUACCUCCAGACUUCAAAAGGAAUGAACUAGUUCCUUCCAACAUUCUCAUUUUUGUCAGCGUUUGAAGCAAUUCAAACUGCAGCUACCCCUAGUCAAAACUAUUUUUGUAAAAAAAAAAAAAAAAAAAAGUAUUAGAAAGGAACACAUUCUUGCUUACUUUUGCAAAUAAAAAUAAAAAUGAAAAACAAGCCAACCUUCAAGGAAACUUGAAACUUUGUAGGUGAGAUGCCACAAGCUCAGCUUUUGCAUAACGCAAUCAAAAUAAUAUGUGUGUGCGUCUAAGAUUAGUUAAAUCUGAAAAUGCUUGACAACUAUUUUCACAAAUGUGAUUUUUGUAAUAUGUCUCAGCCAGAUCUAUUUUUAAACGCUUCUCAUGCGGACUUUUUUUAUUCCUCUCUCUCCUAGUAGAGUGUGCUGACUUUUAACAUGGUCUGAUCAACUGGGCCAGGAGGUAGUUUGUCAUGAUGGCUUCUAUCAGUAUGGCUUUGAGUUCUGAAGCCAAAUGAAACCUAAACCAUCUCUCUUCCACUCACUUCAGGGAGGUAGUUUCAAAGGCCACAUACCUUUUGGAGACUGGCUCACUGUUGUGAAAUCACCAAAGGAGCUAUGGAGAGAAUUAAAAUUCAACAUUACUGUUAACUGUGCAUUAAAUAAGGAAAUAAAGAGCAGCUCAUUAAAAAGGAAAGUCCUAUCCCAUAUAUCUGGUUGGGCCUUUUCAAAGCCUCAUCAGCCGACACAUAAAACUCAAGUUGUUGUUUAUGUUGGUCAAGCUCAGAGCACUGAGCAAUUUCCAUCGCUGAUGAAGUGACUCUUGUUACUCUAUGUUGUACAAUCAAAACACACUGCUACCUCUUAAGCCCCAGUAUACCUCAUUUUUCAUAAUGAAAAAAUAAGUAAAUAAAUAAAAGCUGGUAGCCAAUGGAACAGUAAGAACAUCGUAAAAUUUUUAUAUAUAUAGUUUAUUUUUGUGGGAGAUAAAUUUUAUAGGACUGUUCUUUGCUGUUGUUGGUCUCAGCUAUGUAAGACUGGACACUUUUCUACCGUUUCUGCAGGCUAACUAUGUUUGUGGAAGAAAAGUAUCAAGACGUUUAACUGCAGUUGACUUUCUCCCCAUUCCUUCGGGUGUCUUCUACCUUUAAUCUUUGUUCUUCAUGUAGAGUUGCUGUCUAUGAUUGUACUUUGAAUCGCUUGCUUGUUGAAAAUACUUCUCUAGUGGAUUAUCACUGUCUGUUCUGCACAAUAAACAUAACAGCCUCUGUGGUC